AUGUAUUCGUAUCUGGCCCCCAACGCUUCAUCGGAAGAUCGUUUUUCCGAGCACACCUCUCAGGCAUCACCAACUUCUAUACUCCUUACUCGUGAUCUAGCUGCUUAUACUGAUCCAGAGCUUGACCAGUAUCUAGCAGUCAACAGGGGACAGAUUAGCGUAGAAGACCCACAUACUUUGAAGCAAGACACAGCGCUCCUUCAGAGAUUAAGCAGGGCGCGAGCAGGCCCGAACGAUACUGUUCAGUCAUAUCCGAUUGAUCUCGAUUACCUUACGGCACGCCUACGGCACGAUAAAGAUAUUGGUUUCGCUAAGCGUCAUCAGCCACGGUAUGAUGAGGCUUGGAGGAAACUUUUGGGCUCCCGGAUCUUGAAGCCGUUGGAGGUAGAGGAGAUCAUCUGCAACAUCGACUCUGCAUUUCAGCGCGCAGGUGAAGAAUACCGCGCUGAGAAGGCUGUAACAGUUGCGAGAUCUGCUGUUAAGCCGGGUAAAAGGGCCAUCAUUGAUCUACGACGCUUUAAUCUCGCCCAGCGGGAGUCGCAACAACGGUUAACAGCAACCCAAUCCAAGUUGAACGCGGCAAUGCAGUCCCUUCAAUUGGCCAAGCGGUGGAAUGACCUAAUUGACGAAUUCCGCAAGAAUACGGGGAAGGCGUAG